CGUUUGUGGUUCGUGUAUUGAUGAAGCUGUGUGUUGUGUGUCCGUCUCUCUAUUUGCAAAACUGAACAAAAGCAUUUUAAUUAUUAAUUACUUUGUUUCGCAUUAUUGUGUUCGCGACAUUGCCAGUGAAGCGGUUUAAAUUAACACAAUGGCUGACAUUGAUAGUGUGCGCGAGGCGGAAUUACGCGAAAAACAAAUCUGCCGCUUUUGCUUGUCACAAGAAGACAUGCUUGGUUCCAUUUUUGUAGAGCACAAACGCAUUAAAGCCACAGCCUCCUUGCCGCUGCAGAUAAUGGCUAUUACAUCCAUUGAGGUUAACAAAGGCGAUGGCAUGCCCGGUUACAUUUGUUUGGAUUGUCGUUUGCUCUUUGAGCACAGUUAUCGCUUCAAACAGAUGUGCAAGAAAGCUGAAACGCUCUUGCGUCAGUAUCCACUUACUGGCACGUGGCCAAAGGCGCUGGAUAAACCACGAGCUCCAAUGGUGGGCGCUAAGCGUGAUGCGCCAACUGAAGUGCAACCGAAAAAACUGCUCAAUACGAUGGGCAAUAAAGCAAACAACGUUACCAUUGAAAAUGUACAGAUAUUGAAAACUGCCACCCUUCGCGGUAUUGCACAGCGCGCCGCAGUAGGACCGCCCAAGCUACUCAACGUAGCUGCCGCCAGCUCAGCUGAACCAGCUAUUCCACCACGCGCCGCAAUCAAGCGAUCAUAUCAGGUGAAGGUGGAGAACAGCCAGGAACUUUCCAUGGACGAUGUGCACAAUUUGAUCGCUGAUAUUGAAGGUCAAUUGGAUAUGGACAAAACGGCAACAUGUUCGCCAGGUAAAUCGCCGAUGCGACUGCUCAACAAGAUUACCGAGGAGCCUGUGGAACCACGCAUUGCACCGCCGCAGAUAAAGCAUUAUGACGAUGGUAAUGUGGCAUUGGUUACCGCUGUGCUCGAUCCCAAUGAGCUCGAUGCGGCUGCUGAUCCCACGAAGAAUGCCGAGCGUGUAGCCACCAAUGUGUUUCCCUGCACGCAUUGUCAUCGCUCGUUCCCGUUGCAGCAGCUACUUGACAUUCACAUAGCAAAUCAUAAACGCGAACGCAGUUUCAAGUGCCCCGACUGCGAUAAGAGCUUCUUUUCCAAAUAUGAUUUAAAGAAACACAGCUUUCUGCACACCGGCGAACGCCCUUAUAAGUGCGCCAUCUGUAAUUCCACCUUCAAUCGACGUGCGCUGCUCAAUCGCCAUGAACGCACACACACCGAUGUGCCCAAGUACAUUUGCGUCUACUGCGAGCUGCCCUUCAUUUCGCGCGAAGAGAUGGAGAAACAUACACUGAAGCACACAAAGUAUCGUCCCUUCCAGUGUGACUUCUGCCAAAAAUCAUUUAGUUUCAAGCAAUCGCUGGAGCGUCAUGAGGUCUUGCACAGCACAAAUUUGCCGUUCCCAUGUCAAUAUUGCAGUCGCGGCUUCGUAACCGCUGGCAGAUUGGCCAGUCAUCUGAGAGCGCAUGCUGGAAGACGUUCGUAUCCCUGCAAGUACUGCAGGAAAUCAUUCCUGUUAUCGCACCAUCUGUCGCGUCAUAUGCGAAUGCAUGAUCUGGCCUCGACUACCACGUUCACCUGCUGCAUUUGCAAGGAGUCGCACAACUCGUUUGCUAGUUUGCUCAAGCACUCAUCGAUCCAUUCUAAGGAGUCGUUGAUGUGUGCGCUGUGCAAGUCGAAAUGCAGCAGUGAACACGAAUUGGAGUCGCAUAUGAUGGCGCAUAGACAUAGCGAUCGAUUUGCUUGUGAAUUUUGUGACUACAUUUUCAUCACGUACUCUGAACUGAAGAAGCACAUUGAUAAGGAUCAUGUGUUGGACAUGGUGCCGUAUCAGAAUGUGGCCGACAAAGAAGUGAAAGAAGAGUCGGAGCUAAUUGAAGAAUUGCUGGCCGAAGAGCCAUCGAAUGAGUCUGUUGAUAAUGAAUCAACAUCGCCACCCAAGGCAAAAGUACGUAAAUUGAGUGAAGAACCAAAACCGAAAGUGAAGCAAGAAGAGCUAGCAGAUCAAUCGGAGCAGGCAUCGACCUCGUCGCAGCGAGCCAGGAAAUCGGGUAGCACUAGGAGCAGUGUGGGUGCCUCCGUUUCCCCCGAAGGCAAAUCCACAGCACGCAAGCCACGAGCUGUCAAGACAAACAAAGCAGUUGCCAAAACAGAGGUGAUUGAGGAGCCUGCUAAUAAGUUGGGCAACAAGCUAAGGAUUGGCAAAGUGACAAAGAAGUAAUGAUGGAAUUUUUUAACUAACUAUUACAUGAAAUUACAAAAGAGAAAUUGUAUUUUGUAACAAAUUAAAGAUUGCACUAAACUGCA